AUGGAGCCUAAGAAAAAUGAAUGCUCUGCUGAAGCUCCCAGUCAAGCUGUUGGACAACCAGAUUUUUAUGGUAUCUCUCCUAAAACUGUUAUUUAUGAUACUGGAGACUCAUUCAAGAGGUUUAUGAAAAGUCAUACCAAAACACUUACUAAAAAGAUGAUUUCGAAAAAGAUUAUAGAAAAACAAUUUAGUAAAGUGAUCAAACAGGAGUUGGGCUUGGACUUGCUUCUGGGAAGAAUGGAAAAAAUGUCUCUGGUGGAAUUCGUGACUUACCUUCGAUUGUUACUGACUAUUUCUAAAUCUGAAGAACAGGAAACGGGUGCAAAAAUGGGAGAAGAAAAAGGAGAAAAUUCUUUGUAUGUAAAAACUACUCAUAUCAAAGACGAUACAAUAAAACUAAUGAGAAUCAUGAAAGGCUCACUUGAAGCAAUGAAACCCUCACCUGGUUCAGAACUACAUGCUGUAGUUGCUGAGUUUGUGUAUUUAGUUUCUCAAGACAGCAGCGAUCAAAGUCAAACCACUGUUUCUCAAGAUGACUGUGAUCAAACUAAUUCUCAAGAUGGCAGCGAAACCAUUGUUUCUCAAGACAUCGGUGUUCAAAGUCGAACCACCGUUUCUCAAGACAGCAGCGAUCAAAGCCAAACCACUAUUUCUCACGAUGGCAGCGAUCAAAGUCAAACUACUGUUUCUCAAGAUGACUGUGUUCAAACUAUUUCUCAAGACGGCAGCGACCAAAGUCAAACCACUAUUUCUCAAGACAUCAGUGUUCAAAGUCAGGACAUUGUUUCUCAAGAUGACUGUGUUCAAACUCAAACCACAGCACAACAAUUAUAUGUAGAUUUACCACCAUCAGAAGGACAACUUGAAAAUGCUGUGUCUCACUUCUUCACAAAUGAAGGUGGGACACUCUACUCUCCGUUGCAUGGUGUCACUGUGACCAUCCCCCCCAAUGCCAUCCCAACAGCCUUCUCCAAAUUCUUUCUCUCCAUGCACUUCUAUCUACAACCGUUCACUCUAAUGGAUGAUGCAGACCCUUGCUCUGUGAUAGUGUGGUUACAUCAAGAUCCUCGCUUUUAUUUUCUUGAGGAGGUCACUGUCAAAAUUCCCCACGCUGCCGUAGUCGAUGACUCCCUCUGUGUAUUGACCUGGGGUGAAGACAAACAAUGGAAUCUCAACACUGAAGUCCUAGCUGAUUUCAGCGAUGGAUACCAUGCCGUCAUAAAAGUCAAGCAUUUCUGUAGGAAAGUCGUUGCAAAAAGAAGAAAUCCUGAAAGAAAAUGCAAAAAACAAACAGGAAGUAGUAAACAUUUGAAGAGAUUGAAAAGUGGCAGUUUCGGGACGUCCAUUGAUGAAGGCGUGGCAAGUCUCACUAACAGUACAGAGGUUGAUCCUAAUACAAAACCCCCCCCUCAUCAAGAUGUUUUGGAAAAGAAAAUGAAAAAGAAAACGAAAAAGAAAACGAAUAAGUUGAAAAGUGGCAGUUUGGAGACGCCCAUUGAUGAAGGCCUGGCAAGUCUCACUAACAGUACAGAGGCUGAUACCAACAUAAGACCCCUCCCUCGUCAAGAUGCUAUCAGUAUGGAGUGCGACUCCUCGGCUGUGCCAAUCUCAUCACAGGACAGUCUAACAGCUGAGGAAAAUGAGUCUGGUUUCAAGUACUGCAUAGCCUGCAGCAUGCCCUCUGAUCGAUCAACGGGAGACUGGAAGGUGCAAUUUGCAGCUUGUCAAAGCAACCCCACAGGAAUCUCGUUGUUGAGGAAGUUAGCAGAGAAGGUAUUUGGCGGAAAUGCCUAUUUCUAUCAGGUGGAGGAUAUUAGAAUCAAAGGGGGCUACUUUGAGAUGUGUCCAGAGACUUGGAGUGACAACAUUUGGAAGAUUGAUGCGUCCGAGAAAGAAGCAUCUAUAUUUGAGGAGCAGAUACUGUCUGUUUCAGAAUGCGCAGACAUAUCUGAGCAGUCCUUUCCUAAUCUUCCCAGACUGUGUUAUGAUGUGUAUCACUUGAGUGAGAAUGUCCAUUCCAAGCUGCACUGCUGUAUAUAUGCACAGAGAGCGCGCACUGAUAACAGCUGUACACCCCGCUUCAUUAUCACAUCCACUACUAAGAAUGGUAAGAAAGUCGUCACCACCCCCUAUCUUUAUGGCAUUGAUAGUGACAUCAUCAGAGUCCUUACUCACCAAGGCCAGAACAUUAUUCUUGAUACUCUAACGUCUGAGCACCUCAAGUUCCUCGCAGACAUCAGUCUCCAGUUAUCCGACACUCAACAGCUGUGCAAAGCAUUGAACAUAGAGUACAGGCCUAAUGAAAAAGAAGAUACCUUUACAGUUCUCGGCAAAUGGGUAGUCAGUCAAGGCGGAGCCGCUAGUUUGAUACGACUCAAGGAGCAACUCAGUGCCAUAGAUAUUGUCGACAUUGCUGUGUGUGAGGACGAAGACUCGAAUGUCCUGCUCAGUUCACACCUAGAAGAUUGUUUCAUUCUGGACAUUUUCAUAAAAGGUUACACGGCAUCAAGUUAUACAGCCCUGCUGAAUCUGUCUACAAAGUUGCAAAACUGCUGGAGGAUAGUUGGCUGUCUACUGGGAAUCUUACCUGAAGAGUUAGACAAAAUUGAUCUACCGGAGGAGAAAUUGUAUAAUAUUAUCGAUCCGCCGUUAUACCAACUGAUUUUCAAUUGGCAGAGGAGAGAGGGGAGGGGAGCUACCUUCGGGGCACUCUUCAAAGCCAUUCAUCGAGUGUACCACCAUCAACCAUUUCUAGUUAAUGAUGCUCAUCUAUUCAGUAUACGUUAUGUUAAUAAACAUCUACCCAUCCCUGUACAUGUAGUUCAUUAAAAUUAAUUCCAUUCACUCCAUUCGCCAAACCAUAUAUUUUUUAUGAUGCAUAUAAUAAUAUAAUUUAUAUAUAUAGCAUUUGAUAACCUUCAUUUGAUCAUUAUCAUCUAUCGUAUAAUCACUUUGACACAGUUAAAUUAUUUUUUUUACAAAUAAUAACACCACUUCCCCUCAAAAAAUUGUUGCUAUGAUGUCACUAACUAUGAUUUUCGGAAGCUUAGAAAGAGACCUUUCAAAUGAUAUAUAUAGCAGUGCACUACAUUUAAUAUAAUGUUCAGUUAGGAUUUAACAUGUGACUUUGAGCCACUGGCACUGGCCACUUUAUCAUUGAUAAUUCGACUGGAAAGCUCGGUAGGGAGGUAGCAAAGAUUGAGACGUGGUACGGCUGCAGGGGGGGUUAGUGUUAGAGAGUUGUGAGUAUAUAUACAUCCAAUGAGGUAGUCUUCAAAAAACCUACAAAUGGGUACCAGUACAAUAUUAUAGCUGUGUAGAAAGAUUUUUAAAGUGAGCACGCUAAGAAAAACGAAGUUUUAGAAUGCUUGCAAUGAUGAGUGGAUCAUGAAUCUUUGCAGCUCUUUUCUGACUAUUGAGUAUUGUAGCUAACGAACAGCUUAGCGCUUUAGUGCAAGGCUAACUCAAGUCAUAAGUUAAAUAAAGUUUGUGCGAACAGAUGAUGCUACGAAAGAUUUUGGAUAGACUGCAACAGCCUUCACAGUGAGUCAAAUUAGGGACAGGAAGGAGGUCAGUUUGACAUGACAGAACUACGACCUUUGUGUGAGGUUACCCCUUCUAGGUACUGCACCAUUUCUCUGGAGGGGCGCAGUAGCUAAAAGUUUACUAAUUUGCAGCAGGCCAGCAAUAACAUGAAUGGGCUACUUUAUCACAAGAAUCAGUGCAAA